GUUGUCUUGAAAAUGACUUUUUUUUGAUAUAUCGAUAUAUUAUUCCCAAGCCUAUGCUGUCUGUUAUUAUUGGAGUUGGGUUGGAUUGGAUUAUUUGGUUUCUUCUUUUUCGUGGCUUUUCAGCUCAUGCUGCUGAAAAAGUGUUUCUGUUAUUGUGAAGAGGAUUAAAUAAACUGUUUCUUUCACAGAUUCUAUAAUAUCAGAGGAAAGAAUUUUUGAAAAAUGUUGAAUUCAUUUUUCCGUGGUCUUCUUGGUACCGAAGACUCGCCAACAAAAGUUCUCGAGGUUCGUUCGGACAACUACAUAUCAAGGCCGGUGCGAUACAGAGAGGAUUCAAUGUUAUUGUAUGCACCGAAAAUACCUCCGGACACAAAAAAUUCCAAGGAAAAAUUCUUUGAAAUAAUAUUACACAAGCCUUUUACAGAAAGCUUACAUCAUAUGUUUAGUUUGUUUCGUUCAGAAAACCAAGAAGAAGCAGAAGAAAGGUUCAUAGUUUACAAAGAAAGAAUACCACUAUUCAUCAAAGUAACGAAAGAAUGUACAGUGGCAAGUCUUCAAAAACUAUGUGACACAUUAUCGGAACAUAGGUCUUGGACCAUAGCCCACUUGGCUGCCCACUUUGGGCCACAUGAAUUAUUCAAUGAUCCAGAAAUUCAGAGCCACUUGGAUGAUGUGGACCCCUCAACGGGUACAACACCUGUAAUGGUAGCAGUGAAGGGUUGUAAUUUACGUAUGGUCCAAAGUCUUGUCUCGUUAAACUGCAUUUUAAAUGUGGCGGAUUGUGACGGGAACACUGUGAUCCAUUACGCUGCCGCAAGCAACAAGGAAAUCAUUAACGUGUUAGCAAGCAAGGCAGCAUCUUCCCUGAAUGUGUACAACAAGCAGGGCUACACCCCUCUGCAUAUGGCCUGUUUGGCUAACGCGCCCGAUUGCGUGAGGGCUCUAUUGCUCGCCGGCGCUGACGUCAACCUUACUGCCGCGAAGAGACCCGCUGCGUCUAGCACCACGUUGCCAGGCAUAGUCGGCGAUUUACUCCUAGACAACAAUCCGAAGUUAUACCAACAAGACAUGAAACACGGAGGCACUCCUUUACACUGGGCCAUAUCCAGAGAAGUGAUCGAAGCUUUAGUAGACAAGAACUGCGAUGUAAACGCACUCAAUUUCGAUGGACGCACUGCCUUGCACGUUAUGGUUUUACGAGCAAGGCUGGAAUGUGUGAUAGCUUUAUUGUCUCAAGGCGCUGAACACUCUGUGAAAGACAAGGAUGGCAAUACACCCCUCCAUUUGGCUGUAAAAGAGUCGAGCAUAACCAUUGUUCAAGCUCUGAUUGUGUUUGGAGCUAAUAUGGAGGCGGUUAACAAUGAAGGUUACACGGCAAGACAUUGUGUGCCAACAGAAAUGUCGAAUAGCAUACAUGACAAGAUCUUAUACGUGUUACAUGCUGUGGGAGCUGAAAGGUGUUCAAGUGACAAGUCGGGGUGUAGACCGGGUUGUGCUUACCGCGGGGAAUACAACGGGGUGCCUCCGCCGGCUGUAGCGCGAGCUUCGGCCAGGAAUGUCGUCAACAACAUGCUCACAGUCGCCGGCAUAGAGAAAUCCUCCACCUAUACCGACAGUCAGAAAGUUGGCAGGUUGCUCUCUCUUGAUGGUGGUGGCAUCCGAGGCUUAGUCCUGGUACAAGUUCUAUUAACCCUCGAAGAAGCUCUCGGCAAGCCAAUCAUAUCCUGCUUCGAUUGGGUAGCGGGAACUAGUACUGGUGGAAUAAUUGCCCUCGCCUUGGCUUGCGGCAAAUCACUAAGAGACUGCCAGAGGUUGUACUUCAGGAUGAAGGAACAAGCGUUCGUUGGCAUGAGACCGUACUCAUCUGAAGCUUUGGAGAAGAUACUCAAAGAUAAUUUAGGCACAGAGACGGUAAUGGCGGAUAUAAAGCAUCCGAAGCUCAUGAUCUUAGCGGUGCUAGCAGACAGGAAACCCGUGGACCUUCAUAUCUUUAGAAAUUAUCAAUCGGCGCAAGAGACCCUGGACGAUUAUAAUGGAACUGCAAGUCCUCGAGCAGAAGCUGGAGACCAAGUAUCAGUGGUUUCUCUACCGGCGCCUCCGCCUCCUAGUGAGCAGUUAGUGUGGCAGGCAGCUAGGGCUUCGGGCGCUGCACCCUCCUACUUCAGAGCCUCGAGCAGAUAUUUGGACGGAGGCCUGAUCGGCAACAAUCCCACAUUGGACGCGCUUACCGAGCUAACAGAACUCCGGUUAGCGUUGAACGGCGUUGGGAAAUUCGAGGAAGCGAAGAAGACCAAUUUAAAGGUCGUGGUAUCUUGUGGAACAGGUUUGAUACCCGUCACAAAGUUAAAAGACAUCGAUGUGUUUAAACCCGAGACGAUAUGGGACACGGCGAGGUUGGCGAUGGGUCUAUCGGCGAUUGGUAAACUACUGGUAGAUCAGGCGACGCAAUCCGACGGGCGCGUAGUCGAACGAGCCCGUGCGUGGUGCAGUUCCCUAGGAAUCCCAUACUUUCGUUUCUCGCCGCACAUGUCCGCUGAUGUAGCAAUGGAUGAGCGCGCGGACGAUAAGCUAGUCACCAUGCUGUGGGAGGCAGACGCUUACAUGCGCGAGCAUAGGGAUGAGGUCAACGACCUGGCGGCGUUGCUGCGUGACUGAGAUAAAGUAAUUAUUACACCAAUGACAUUGAACAGCACACUAUUACACAUAUUUUUAGGAGAUUAACGGCGGAUUCCGCUGUAAAAAUGUAACAAUUAUUAUUAAAAG